AUUCACUUGUUUUCUCCGCUGAAAAACUCGGGAGUAAGGCCUAAAUUUGCAAUCCCAGAACAUUACAUUAGACUACUUGCUGACUACAUGUGAGAGUUUGUAUACAACUAGGCUACUUCCUAGACUCAUCACUUGUUCAAAGAAAUACAACUUGGGUGCCGGUAAUGGCGACCAAGCAUCUGCAUCUCCAGCCGGUAAUUACAAAUCCUCACAAGCGUCACUUAACCAACAUUUCCAACUUGUCGAACAGACUACUACCUUUUCAAUCCGACCAGAAAAGAGCUUUGAUUUUGCGACCUCACUCAUACCCCACAAAUUCGAAUUCAAAUCGAUGUAUUAAAGUGAGAUCUCAACUCAACUUACCUCUCAUUUCCCCAAAUGAUCAGUGGGGCAACUGGACUUCUCUCUUUGCUAUUGGCGCUUUUGGUAUCUGGUCGGAAAAGACCAAGAUUGGAAGCUCAUUAAGUGGUGCAUUGGUGAGCACAUUAGUUGGACUGGCUGCCAGUAAUUUGGGAAUUGUUUCUUAUAAAGCACCUGCGUAUAACGUUGUUUUGGGGUAUUUACUCCCUUUAGCUGUUCCGUUGUUGUUGUAUAGAGCAGAUUUGCGACGAGUUAUACAGUCCACAGGGACACUGCUUUUGGCGUUCUUGAUUGGAUCAGUUGCAACAAUAGUGGGGACUGUUGUAGCUUUUUUGAUAGUGCCAAUGCGAGGGCUUGGUCAGGAUGGUUGGAAGAUAGCAGCUGCAUUGAUGGGUAGACACAUUGGGGGAGCUGUAAAUUAUGUUGCGAUAGCUGAAGCCUUAGGGGUCUCUCGGUCAGUUUUAGCUGCUGGACUAGCUGCUGAUAAUGUUAUAUGUGCAGUAUACUUUACAACAUUAUUUGCUCUAGCUGCUAAUAUACCUCCCGAGGCGGUAUCAGCAACAUCUGAUGUUGAAAAUGAUAACGAAUCAAAAACCAACAGCCAGCUUCCUGUACUGAAGAGUGCUACAGCUCUUGCAAUAUCCUUCGCCAUCUGCAAAACUGCCAACUUUAUUACUAAUUAUUUCAGAAUUCAAGGAGGCAGUCUGCCAGCCAUUACUGCAAUCGUUGUGGUUCUAGCAACUGCAUUUCCAAAGCAGUUUGCCCAGCUUGCACCUUCUGGGGAGGCUAUGGCAAUGAUUCUAAUGCAGGUAUUUUUCACUGUGGUGGGCGCAAGUGGGAGCAUAUGGAAUGUCAUUAAUAUAGCUCCCAGUAUCUUCCUAUUUGCUCUUAUUCAAGUAUCAGUUCAUUUAGCCGUGAUCCUCGGGGUUGGAAAAUUGCUUCGCUUAGACUUGAAGCUGCUGCUUUUAGCAUCCAAUGCCAAUGUAGGAGGCCCUACAACAGCUUGUGGAAUGGCAACAGCCAAAGGGUGGAGCACCUUAGUCGUGCCAAGUAUUCUUGCUGGGAUAUUUGGCAUUGCAAUUGCGACAUUUCUCGGCAUUGGUUUCGGAGUUGCAGUGCUUAAAUACAUGUAAAAUAGUGUUCUGCCUUUGUUGAAAUAUUUCCUCUGCUCUGUAAGAGCAUCUUUGAUAUGUAUAAUGAUUGGCUAUUUUCGUUGGUUAAAUUCAUUAUGUAAAUUUUUUGUUAAGUGGACAAUGAUUACUCUAAUGGGAGUAUCUAUAUUCAUGCUUAUUUAAAAUUAUACCAAAAGACUUUCGUGGAUA